AUCUGCAACCCAGGCAUGUGCCCUUGACAGGAAAUCGAACCCGUGACCCUUCGUUUCGUGGGCUGACUCUAACCACAGAGAAACACCAGCCAGGGCGAGGGCCCACAUUUUAAGUCCUUGGGAAUCCCAAUGUCCUUUUGGAUCCUGCUGGUUGGUGUAAUGCUCUGUUGGCAACGAUGUCCAAAAUCUGGAUCGAAGGCCUUCUGUGAUGGUGGCCUUGGUUCCUCUUGGAUUAUGUCAGGGGUCAGGACCACUUCUCUAUUUGGUACCGCAGCCUCCUGGCUCACCAGCUUGUCACGAGCAAGCCCACCAAGUGAUGUCUGAGAACUGAAAACCAACCAGCGAAAGACCCAUACAACAAAAACACCAUGACUGGCCUCUCAAUAACUACCAGGAACUUUGUCCAACUUAAUUCUGCUGUGCCCUGGCUCAGCUAGCACUGGUCUCAGGACCUCCCAUUGGACAUGGGUUGGGCCGCCACCAGCUCUUUUAAACUCAAAUCCCUCAGGAGCUUUGGCUGCUGCCCUGUGAAAAGGGAUAGGGGUCAGUAAAGUCCAGAGAGGAGAGGGGCUCUGCCUCAGGUCACAUAGGAAUUGGGCCUUGAGCCUCCCUCCAUCCAGGACACGGUGGUCCUUGCAGACCUGUGGCCUGCCCCUAUUGUGGUCAGGAAGACUCCCACCUCCCACCCUGGUCUGGGCCUGGCUCUAUCCCAGACCUGAGCAUUGCAGGGUAGGGAGCAGCACAAUGGGUGGAUGGGGCUGCCAAUGACAGCACUGCUUUGUCCCUCCUGGCCCUGCCAUUCGGCACAGUCAGGGUUACAGCUGGGGCCCCUCCCAGUCUCCAGAGCCACUGUCCCUUAGCAACAAUCCUACCGGGCAGAACGCACUGCCAACACAGGACAAACCAAGCAGGAGCCAGUGGAGUGGUCAUCUGAGGACUCCAGGACAGACAAGGCCAGGUAAGUGAGUAGGGGGCACCCAGCUUGUAGCCUGGCCAGCCGAGCAGGAAACCCACUUAAUCUCUAUCUCAUCCAGCUGCCCAGAGAGCCUGAACCUAACAUGGAUACAGUGGACGCCACUGUGGAGAGGCUCCGGGAACAGUGCCUGUCCCGAGGGGCCUCUGGCAUCCAGGGCCUAGCCAGGUUUUUCCGCCGCCUGGACCAGGACAGGAGCCGAUCCCUGGAUGCGAGGGAGCUUCAGCAGGGCUUGGCUGAGCUGGGGCUGGCGCUGGACAUGGCUGAGGCAGAGGGUGUGUGCAGGCGAUGGGACCGUGACGGCAGUGGGACGCUGGACCUGGAGGAGUUCCUGAGGGCACUCCGGCCCCCCAUGUCCCAGGCCCGGGAGGCGGUCAUUGCAGCUGCAUUCUCCAAGCUGGACCGCAGUGGGGAUGGUGUGGUGACCGUGGAUGACCUUCGGGGGGUGUAUAGCUGCCACGCCCACCCCAAGGUGCAGAGUGGGGAGUGGACUGAGGAGGAGGUGCUCCGCCGCUUCCUGGACAACUUUGAUUCCUCUGAGAAGGACGGGCAGGUCACCCUGGCUGAAUUCCAGGACUAUUACAGUGGUGUGAGCGCUUCCAUGGACACGGAUGAGGAGUUUGUGGCCAUGAUGACCAGCGCCUGGCGACUGUGAGCAGCAUGCACUCAGCUGGCACCACUGUAGCAUAGGACUCCACCAUGGCACCGUCCCCCCCCCCCGCCCCCCGAGUUUCCAGCUGGGCAGCCCCAGGGGUGGGGGCUGGAGGAUUGAGGCUGCAGAA